CGUGCAGAGCGGUCGUACGUGAACCGAGGACAACGAAUUAAAAGCGAUCGUUCGCGAGACAGAGAUAUCAGUGCUUCUUAUCGAUAUACAAGGGUAGUAUCCCUAUUAAGUGGCUUUGGUGAAUAAGAAGAGACACUUGUGUGACUGAGGCGAAAAUCAUGGCUGACAGUGGUAUCAAGCGUAAUAUUCCCAUCAAGCUCGGUGACUUCAGCGUGAUCGACACCGAAUUCUCCAACAUACGGGAACGCUUCGACGCCGAGAUGAGAAAGAUGGAGGACGAGAUGUCACGGUUCCGUAACGAGCUGAUGAACCGCGAGAGUAACAACUUCUUUAAGAGCACUUCCAGUCGGCAUCACACGAGCACCAGCGAACACCGCACCUCGACGACCUCGAAGACCGAAGGUUGGGACAAGGUCGACCCUGCAGCACCGCCAAAGCGGUCCGCAUUCGACAACUUCAAAAGCACCACCACGCAGAGCACUCAGAACAGCAGUUCCCUGAGCCCUCAACAUGACUCCGCUUGGCUCGAUGGCCUGAACAGCCCCCUCAUCCAGGACGAAGGCGACAGCAAAAUGCUGAAGCUUCGGUUCGAUGUCUCCCAGUACACGCCCGAGGAGAUCGUUGUCAAGACUGUGGACAACAAGCUGCUGGUCCACGCAAAACACGAGGAGAAGACAGAGAGCAAAUCAGUGUACAGAGAGUACAACCGCGAGUUCCUGCUGCCUAAGGGAACCAAUCCGGAGAGCAUUAAGUCCUCGUUGAGCAAGGAUGGCGUGCUCACCGUCGAGGCGCCACUUCCAGCGAUUGGCUCGGGCGAGAAGCUCAUCCCAAUCGCGCACCAAUAAAUACCCAAUAUCGACUGAAUGAAUACACGAGACGAGAUAAAAAUGAUUUUUGAAAUCUCCAUCGAUAAUUCCAGCAUUCGUGUGUUCGUGUCAGAUCGCUACCUUCCCCUUCUUCCCUCCUCCAUCAGUUCCCGUAAGUCCUCUUCUUUCUUUUACUUUAUUCUUUUUUGUUUUUCUUCCUUUUUCCCCACUUUUUGUUUUCUCUCAACUCCGACACUGUGAACUUUCCUAUUUCCCUUGGAUACCUACUUUCCUACCUUAUCGACUCGUAAAUUGUUCAAUUUUUUUUUCUUUUCUGAUCGUGUCUACAUUCAACGUUGAAAUUUGCAGACAAAAUAAUAAAUGUAGAAUGAAGUAUUGGUUGAAAAACGAGGUUCACAGGGAGCAGAAGUUCCCGCGUGGGAAUUUUGAAUUGUAGAAUCUUGCGACCAAGUGAAAUCGAGCCUUCGCAGUCUUGUGCAAGAUGGCAAAAGAAAAACGUGUCCGAACACUAUUCUCUUUCCUUGAAAAGAAAAUUAAUACGACGUUCGUUCGUUCGUUCGUUCGUUGAUCGUCUUGACGAAAAUUGACUCCGGUUAGAGACGAAUAAAACGUUUAAUUACAUCGAAUACCAAGACGCUUCGAUCCCUUUAAGGAAUUGGUAUACCAUUGAUAUACAUCGAUUUUGUAUACAUUUCUAACGAAAGUUGAAUUUUUUUUUGGUUUUUUAAUAAUUGAAUUCAGUGUGGAGGGGUUUUUUAGUAUAUAAGAAACAAUAAUCGAAUAUGUCAAUAAAAUACGUCAUUUAUUCGGAGAGUCGUAGGAUAUCGCGAGAAACGUUCGACGUCCAUCUGAUAAACCGCCUACUUUUGUAUAAAAAAAAAAAA